ACGAUCAUUGAUGGAUUACUUCUUUUUUUAGUGUCGUAUCAUUUUUAUGAAAGUGUCAAUUUAAAAUGGGUUAUAUGAAGCUUAGACUUGCUGUAGAUCGUCCAGGACAUCGAUUGCUUCCAAACUUUUCACAAACAUUGCAAUAAUAGCUUUGAGCUUAAGUAAUUGUUUUAAAAUCCUGCUUGUGCUAGUGAUCCACAUCUUGCAGGCUAAAUUUUCCUUCUUUCCUGUUUCAAACAAGGGCUUAUCCUGCCCAAAGCUUCUGAAUUUCUUUUGAUGAUCUAUCUUGCUUUACUUUUCUGAUUACAUCCUUUAUCUCCAUCUGUGAUUAUGAUUGCUUUUCCCUACUUGUUUCGUACGAGUUUUAUCUCAUCUUCUAAAACAAAAAUGUUUCUCGAUCUUUGUUUUUCUAAACUUUAUUAGUGUAUUAGUUUGAUUUACGGUUUAUUUCCUCUUCUUAAUUUGGAUGGUUCCCCAUGAAAAUUAUUUAUAAUAUGACUCCACUCUCCUUGUCCUCUUCCAAGUUUGGGAUUUCCUUCUCUCUCUUUUGCAGCAGUGCUUACCUCGAUUCUCUUCUCGUGUUUUUUUGUUGGGUUGUUCUUCUUCCCUCUGGCUUCCAAGGGAAGCAAGCGCUGCUUUAUAGUGCCUUGCUCCCUCGCCCUUCCUCGCUCAAAGGUUAGCGGAAAGGGGAUCUCGAGCAGAGGCAGGGAUGAGUGCCACCAAGUUCAUUAAAUGUGUCACUGUUGGAGAUGGGGCGGUGGGCAAGACCUGCAUGCUUAUCUGCUACACCAGCAAUAAGUUCCCCACUGUUCUCGGUACUCGGUCUGGAUACAUCAGAGGACUUGGAAUUGGGCCGAAGCCAGUUAGGUCUACUUCUUCAUAUGCUACAUCCUCAUCCAGAUCAACUAAUGCUGCAUUGCGUGAAAGACUUGAAUCGACCCAAGAUGAGUUAGCGAACACCAAAAUUCAGCUAGCAAACACCCAAGAUGAGUUAGCAUCAAUUAAAUCAAGACAAAAUAUGUUUGAACAAAUACUUAACCGAUUGGCACCUGGAGCAUUAGAUUCCUUGAUCCAGGAUUCAUCUUCAGCUCCACCUCCUCCUCCUCCAUCUUAGGCUUUGAUGUUGUAGACUUUUUCAUAGAAACAUGAUGUUCUGAAAUUGUUUUGAACUUGUUUGGAUUUUUGGUUGUGAACUUGGUUGGAUUAUUGGUUAUGAAUAUGUCUUGAAUUUGGAUUGUGAAUAUUGUUAUUAUAUUUGUGUUGA